UGGCUUGCCUCUCAAGUCCCCCCUGUCCAUUUGUUUCCAUCACACAUUGUUGCCAACCUCAAACCCUAGUUAGCUCUUUUCCAUCCCCUCAUAAGAACUUGUGGACACAUUCUCAACCAAAGAACCAAAUCUAACAAAUCUCUCCAUAUAUAUUUAUAUAAAAACACAGAAUCAAAGACAUGGGUUAUUGGAAAUCAAAAGUGCUUCCUAAGAUCAAGAAGGUUUUCGGAUCGAAGAAGGCUGGGGCGACGGAGCCAGAAGCUCCGGCAGCUGAGACGACUAGCAAAGAAGUGGCAGUCGAGACCGAAGAGAAGAAAGAAGAAGAAGAAACAACUCCACCUCCACCUCCAGCAGAAGAGAUCCCUGCAGCUCCGGCAGCCACUGAAGAAGUUACACCCGCUGCUGAGCCACCGGCACCGGCACUGGCACCGGAACCAGCUAAGCCUGCUGAGACCUCUGAGGAGCCUCCUAAAGCUUGAAGAUAUGUUCAUGCAAAUUAAACCUCUAUGAUUGCAUGCAUGCAUGCAUGCACUCUUUUUAAGUCUACAUGAUUUGAUUAUUUGUUAUUCUUUCCUCUCAGUCUAGCUCUCCCUUUUAUCUCUUCUUCACUUUCAUCUUUUGUAUCUAAACUUUGGUUGUUUGCUUGCUUCCUUGUGUAUUAUUAUUAAUUAUUUGUGAGUCCAUCAAUUGAAUAUAUAUAUGUAUUUAUGUAUGUAUGUCUGUAUGCAUAUGUUCUAGUAGUUGUUUCAACAUUGUAAUGUUUAUCAAAAAAGGAGAUUAAAAAAGAGGUUGUGUUUCA